UCGGAGACCUGGAGGGAGGAGGAUGGCUGCUCCGCGAGUGUUUCCCCUUUCCUGCGUGGUGCAGCAGUACGCCUGGGGGAAGAAAGGUUCCAGCAGUGAGGUGGCCCGCCUGCUGGCCAGCAGCGACCCCUUGGUCCAGAUCGAAGAGGAUAAACCCUAUGCUGAGCUGUGGAUGGGGACACAUCCCCGUGGAGAUGCCAAGAUUCUUGACAACCGCAUUCCUCAAAAAACUCUGGGUCAGUGGAUCGCCGCAAACCCCGAUAGCUUGGGCUCCAAGGUGAAGGCACGCUUCCAGGGCACACUGCCCUUUCUCUUCAAGGUGCUCUCUGUGGAAACAGCCCUAUCUAUCCAGGCGCACCCUAACAAGGAGCUGGCAGAGAAGUUGCACAUCCAGGCCCCAGAGCACUACCCUGAUGCCAACCACAAGCCUGAGAUGGCCAUUGCCCUCACACCGUUCCAGGGCUUGUGUGGCUUCAGGCCGGUUGAGGAGAUCGUGACCUUUCUGACAAGUAAGACUGGCGUGCCCGAGUUCCAGUAUCUCGUGGGAGCUGACGCAGCUGCCCGGCUGAAGCAGAGCAGAAGCGCGACUGCCCUGCAGAGCUGUUUCUCCCACCUGAUGAAGAGCGAGAAGAAAGAAGUGGUAGAACAGCUCAACCUGCUGGUGAAGCGGAUCUCCCAGCAAGUGGCUGCUGGAAACAAGAUGGAGGACAUCUGUGGUCAGCUCUUGCUACAGCUGCACCAGCAGUACCCAGGUGACAUUGGCUGCUUCGCUAUCUACUUCCUGAACCUGAUCAUGCUGAAGCCAGGGGAGGCAAUGUUCCUGGAAGCCAACGUGCCCCACGCCUACUUGAAAGGAGACUGUGUGGAGUGCAUGGCUUGUUCAGACAACACUGUGCGUGCUGGUCUCACCCCCAAGUUCAUCGAUGUCCCCACACUAUGUGAAAUGCUCAGCUACACUCCUGGACCCAGUCGGGACAGACUCUUCUCUCCAACCCAGAGCAAGGAUGAUCCCUGCCUCUCCAUCUAUGACCCCCCGGUGCCCGACUUCACCAUCCUGAAGAUGGACGUCCCAGACAACGUCCCUGAAUAUGAAGUCUUGGCUUUGGACUCUGCCAGCAUCCUCCUGAUGGUGCAGGGGGCAGCCACCGCCAGCUCUAGGUCAGCGCCCUCGGGGACCCCCCUGAGGCGGGGUGCGGUGCUGUUUAUUGCUGCCCAGGAGGUCGUUUCUCUGAAGCGCACAGGUCCCGAGGCGCUGCUCAUGUUCCGUGCCUGCUGUCUGCUUUAGCUGCCAAAGCCACCCACUCCUCUCCCAAGCUUCCCCCCUGCCCUAAAGCCCAAGACUCGUCAGAAUGGAGGG